AUGGACGAUGCCGCCCACCACAGACAAUCUGAAAUCGUCACCUUGCAUUGCCCAAACCGCUUGCUGGGCAUUGGUCUCCAGAAUGAAAUGGCCUGCACCGAUGGACAGAGCAGCCUUCGCUUCUUCCAGACACGCCAUGAGCUCUACGUGGUGCUGGAGAUCUUCCUCCGCCUCUCAUCCCUCGCCACGCUCGUCCGCGCCGCUCUCACCUGCCGGGCAUGGCGCCGCGCGGUGGCCUCCUCCCCUGACUUCCGGCGCCGCUUCCGCACCCUCCACCCGGCGCCGCCGCUGCUCGGGAUCUUCAUCGACAGUAUCAAAAUUGACGCGCUGUACCGGCCCCCUUGCGGCCCCUCCUUCGUCGCUGGUGGCUUCCGUGCCUGGGACCUGGCCGGCGCCGUUCGCGGCGGGGACUUCUUUCUCACCUCCCUCAUGGAGCGCUCCACCAAGAACUCCUAUCCCUACUGGGAGAUCCUUGAUUGCCGCGGCGGCAGAAUCCUUCUCACUGAUGCACAUGAUGAAGACACUCCCCUCAUCGUGUUAAACCCAUUGAUGCGGCGCAGUGCACACGAGUUCCGAUACCCAGAUCCAAAGCAAUAGCACAACCAGACUGCUCCUCGGCUCAUCUGCCUGGAUGAGGAGCCACUGUCAUCGUUCCGAGUCGCGCUUCUCGCUUACAGCAGUUGUACGUUGCAGGCUUCUGUCUUCUCCUCGGACGACACGGGGGAAUGGUCAGCUCUCCCAGAGUUGGACUUCCCGGCGAGGUUAACAGGCGAAGCUAGUGAACAAAUUUGGAUUGAGCACCAACACAAGAUUUAUGCAAAUGGGUUCGUCUACUGGAUUUACGUUUGGUUUGAUGAAACUGGGUAUGACGUGGAUGGGAGGUAUCUGAUAUCGCUUGACACCACCACCAUGGAGUUCUCCUUCGCCAAGCUCCCACAGUGCCUGCGGAGCAACGAUUUCAGGUUUAGCUUCCAUGCCGGUGAAGCAGAGGAUGGUGCUGCAUGCAUUGUUUACUCAGAUGGAUCCAACAUGAACAACAAUAAUAUUGGUGUCUUGAAGCAUCUCAAGGGGCGAAGAUGGUGUUGACAGAUGGGUUCCUGACAGGCUGCUUCGCUUCGGUGUCGUGAAUCACCCAUGGGGCGACGAUUGUGUUGACGGAUUUGUUCCUGACAGAGUGCUCCGCGUGGAAUUGGAUGCAGAGCUUAAACAAACCAGUCUUGGAGAGCCGUUUUGCAACGGGCUUUCUGUUUUAGCAGUAAGGGAUGGAUACGUGUAUUUUGCAACAUCUGAAAUGCUGCAUGAUCCCACAAGAGGAUGCUGGUUCAUGUCCCUGUGCCUGGCAACGAUGAAAGUGGAGAAGCUGUUCGAGAGGAGGUAUGACGGCGAUGCUUAUGCGUAUAUCAUGCCUUGGCCACCUUGCUUGUUAGCUAGUAAUUAUGGGCAGUUCUUAUUUGAAGGUGCUCCGUGACAUGCAGGGCUGCGGUGUUUUCAUCGAAAACAAUAGUGAACCAAUGCAAUCUCUUGUUUGAGUAAAUCGAAAUGCCUAGACAUAAUUAUUGAUAACCAAUUUCAUUUCAAAGCUAGAUUGCAUUUAACAAAUCUGACUGAGUUGCAGGCUGUUUAAGAUUCAGUUCAAUGGCAUUCCAAUCUUAUGUUUUUAGUUUUUAAUCUUUCACUGUAGUUUGUUUAUUGGCUUGAGUUCUGUCUGUCUAUCAUAUCUUUUAGUCCAACUUUGCAUGAUUCUGAACAGUGUCAUAUUUCCCUGUUUGUUAUGUUUAUUUUUAGGUGCCCAGUUAUGGUAUUUGGAUUCCCUUUAUGUUGGGUCUGUCUAAAAGGACUUGUGUCCUCAUA